GUUUAUUUCCUUUAUAGUAGUUUUUAUUGGUUCAAUUAAAUAAAUUGCUCCUCAGGCAUUGCCUGGGUAGAGUAUGGCAUGUUACCUUGUCAUACUUUACAGUCAACUCGAACAUUUUGCCAUCAUCUGUAUGACAGGGUUUUAAGUUUCUAUCAAACAUCGUUUAUUCAAUGUCUUCCGUCUCUUUUUCUGUGGUUCUUGCUUUUAAUCAAAGAAUUAAUUGAUGGCCUGCAUGCUUGCUGACCAUUGCUCUGCUUCUAUCACUGCUCCUCCUGGGGUAUCCUUUUAGUUUGGAGAUAGGGGGAAGGGUUGUAAUUGUUAAGAUUCGAAUUUUAAAACUGUUGGUUCAUAACUAAGCUUGGGGUUUAUGAUGCAUUUCUCUAAUAUUCACCAUUCUGUUUGCUUUCCAAGAAGUGAAUUUUCACCAUCAAAUUACAAACGGCAAAUUCGCUAACAUUGUUAAAUCUCUUUCGAUUCAAUGAACUUAGGCUUGAAUAGACAAGAUUUAGGUUCUUUAUAUCUGUUGGAACACAAUAUCAGACAUAUAUGUUGAUCAAUUUAGCAGUGUUGAUCAACUAAUCAGUCGUGGGGGUAUCUAAGUAGCAAGUGGCCUGGCGCUGCCUUUGCUAGUUUCAACCUCUUUUGUUUAUACAACCUUAACUAUAUUAUCAUUUUUGAAUGCUUUUAGCAUAUGUUAGAUGCUUGAAGUUUGAACCGUUAAAUUUGCUUUGCUGAAGAAUACUUCGCUGACUAUUCUUAUUCAGACUCGGAGCAAUUACCAGCUUAUUGGUUGUCUUCAGGAUAUUGUUAUUGCUGGAGCUACAAAAGAGAAGGGAAUUUGUUCUAUCCCGAAGGGACCAUUAAAAUCUGAAGCUGGCCAACAUGGACUUUGAAUAUGGACGUAAUUACUGUGCAUUUUGGGGUCUUUAAAUUAAAGUGUCUAGUGAUCGGGAUUUCUAGUUACAUUAUCUUUUGUUGUUACAACUCGAUGGAAAUGAGGAAAGGGAUUUCUGAUUUAUUAUGUUGUCUGGCCUUUUUCUGCUUGUCGACUUCUACAUUGGUUUCAUCAAAUCAUGUCGAAGUACCGGCUUUAAUGGACAUAAAAAGUUUCCUGGUUGAUCCUCAUGGGGUUCUUGACAGUUGGGAUGACUCCAGUCCUGAUCCAUGCAGCUGGACUAUGGUCACUUGCUCUCCUGAUGGCCUAGUUGUUGACCUAGGAGCUCCAAGCCAGGAUUUGUCUGGGACUCUUGCGCCUGCCAUUGGGAACUUGACCAAUAUCGAGCAUUUGCUUCUACAGAACAACCAUAUAUCAGGACAUAUACCAUCUGGGAUAGGGAGCCUUUCUAAGCUUCAAACUCUUGAUCUAUCUAACAAUACAUUCUCUGGUCAAAUUCCCAGCACCAUUUCUCAUUUACAAAGCCUCCAAUACCUGAGGCUGAAUAAUAACAGUCUUUCUGGAGAAAUUCCUGCUUCCUUGUCUAAUUUAAUGCAGCUUAAGUUUAUAGACUUGUCCUUCAAUAAUUUUAGUGGUCAUGUGCCCAUAUUCCCAGACAAAAUGUUCAACAUUGAAGGAAACCCUUAUAUUUGCACCGAUGGAGCUGAGAAAGUUGGAUGUGCAGAUAGGGAUACAGCAUCAUUGCCCAGCAGUAGCAAGGCCAAACUGACUUACCCAUCAGGGAUAUACAAUUCUGGAAUUUUUUAUGUAAUACUUGGCUUCUUAUUCUCUUGAUGUAUUCUCCACCAUUAACUACUCUUGAGAUGUUCAUUCUAGGUAAAUAAAUCUGGAAUUGUAGUAACCAACCAUAUGAAAAUGGAAUCAUACCAUAGAAAGUGUACUGGUGAAAGCUGCAAAGGCAUGAAUAGUCACUGUUAGAUAAUGGAACUGAAGAUCAGGAGGUUGAGGAGAUUGGUGUGUGUGUGUGACUAUCUGGGCUAGGGUCAGGUUUGAAAUUUGUGUCCUUCACAAUCCAUUCUUCAAUCCAACAAUGAAUAAGAAAUUAAAGCAUGCUGAACACCUUUUAACUAGCAUUACAUAUACUCCUUUCUUUGUUUAUUUAUUUAUUUAUUUUGGAUAGAUCCACUGUUUUAUUUCAUUUUAAUUCUGGUUGGAAGUUGGUGCCUCCAUUUUACCACUGUUUCGACUUUUCUUGUUUCAUAAUCUCAUCUACCUUUAAUGCAUAUAAAAUUGAAUCCAGUAGUAAAAACCUGAUGCCAUUCUCUUUGAUUGGGUUUAGGGUUCAUGUAUUGUAGCCUUCUACCAUGUCAAACUCUUGCUGAAAACUUCUUGACCUACCAAAACUCGGGAUUCCAAAAUUAAUAUUUUGACUAGGCAGGAAUUCAGGAUAUGAAUCAUAGCUGGUAACUAAAAAUAUUUUGCCAAUCAAUCAAUUGCAUUCCAAUCUUCUGUGCUGAAGCCAAUAUUUCUGCGUGUGUUCCCUCAACAAAAUAAGGUUUU